UCAUUAUUUGGCUUCCGAGAAAUUAAGUGAAUGGUGGUGGUGGAGCAUAGGAACAGUGAUUUAUGUCGUUAGCAACAUUUCCACAAAAUCUCACUAUAUUUUCCAGGAAACAUCCAUGGAGUUUCUGUGCCAAUAGAGUCGUCAACCACAUAGAGCCUCUUCCUCUUUGUUAAAAUCCUUCAUCCAUAGCUAAGAUCUUGCUCCAUCCUUCACCAUAGUAAUGGAUUGUUCUUUUUUCCUUGCCUUAGUCACAGCUGUUAUAGGCUUCAUUUUCAUGCUUUUUAGAAAAUUCAGAUUCGAACAAGAUAGCAACGCAAGUAAUUCUUCUUCCUUAUCUCUUCCAUCUCCUCCAACUUUUUUGUCCCAAAACUCGAAACACCAUGUCUUCCCAAGCUUCCACGGACCAGAUGUCCGAAGAACCUUUCUUAGUCACAUCCUUGUAGUGUUCAGGGGAAAGGGUAUUGACCCAUUCAUUGAUAAUAAUAUAGAGAGGAGUAAGUCGAUUGGUCCUGAGCUCAAAGAUGCUAUUAGAGGAUCAAAGAUCGCGAUCGUCUUGCUCUCCAGGAACUAUGCUUCUUCAUCAUGGUGUCUUGAUGAAUUAGCAGAGAUCAUGAAGUGCAGGGUAGUUUUGGGUCAGAUAGUCAUGACCAUUUUCUAUGAAGUGGAUCCAACUGACAUAAAGAAACAAAUUGGAGAUUUUGGAAAAGCCUUCAGAAAAAGUUGUAAAGGUAAAACAAAAGAGCUUACUGAGAGAUGGAGAAAAGCUUUGGAAGAUGUGGCCCAAAUCGCUGGAUAUCAUUCUCGCAACUGGGACAAUGAUGCGGCCAUGAUCGAAAAAAUAGCCAAUGAUGUUUCAAACAUGUUGAAUAACUCCACACCAUCAAGAGAUUUCGAUGGUUUAGUAGGGAUGGGAGCUCAUAUGGAAGAGUUGGAACAAUUGUUAAGCCUAGAUUUGGCUGAAGUAAGGAUGAUUGGGAUUUGGGGGCCUCCUGGGAUUGGUAAGACGACCAUUGCUAGAAUUAUGUUCGACCAAGUCUCCAGCAGAUUCCAACUUAGUGCGAUCAUGAUUGAUAUCAGAGGAAGCUAUCCAAGACUUGGUUUGAAUGAGUAUAGUGCACAAUUGCAACUUCAACACGAUAUGUUGUCCAAGAUGAUCAACCAGAAAGAAAUCACGAUUUCUCAUUUAGGAGUGGCAAAAGAACGGUUAAAAGACAAGAAAGUGUUACUCGUUCUUGAUGAUGUGGACCACUUAGAACAACUAGAUGCCUUGGCGAAAGAAACUCGAUGGUUUGGUCCGGGAAGUCGGAUUAUUAUCACAACAGAAGAUUUAAGUGUUUUGAAAGCCCAUAAGAUCAAUCAUAUUUACAAAGUGAAAUUCCCAUCAAGUGAUGAGGCUUUUCAAAUCUUUUGUAUGCAUGCCUUUGGACAAAAGCACCCGGACGAAGGUUUCUAUAAGCUUGCUAGGAAAGUUGCAUACCUUGCUGGUGAACUCCCUUUGGGAUUGAAGAUGCUAGGCUCCGCUCUGCGGGGAAAGCCCAAGCAGGAGUGGAGAAUGAUACUACCAAGGCUAAAGACCAGCCUUAAUGGAGAAAUAGAGAGCAUUAUAAACUUCAGCUAUGAUGCCUUAUGUGAUGAAUAUAAAGAUUUAUUUCUUUACAUAGCCUGCUUUUUCAACACGGUACAUACUCAUAAACUAGAAGAGGUUCUUCCAACGAAAUUCUUGCAUGUGACGCAAGCUGGUCUCCAUGUAUUAGCUGAAAAAUCUCUCAUAUAUAUUGACCAAUUCGGAUUUAUAUCUAUGCACACUCUGAUUAAGCAAUUUGGAAUAGAAACUUCUCGUAAGCAAUUCGUUCAUAAUCGGCUUCAUAAAUGUCAGCUUUUGGUUGAUGGAAGAGAUAUUUGUGACGUGCUCGGCAAUGAUACAACGGAUAAUAGACGUUUUAUAGGGAUUAAGUUUAAGUUAUCUAAGACUGAGGAAGAACUGAAAAUAAGUGAGAAAGCACUUGAAAGAAUGUCUGAUCUCGAAAUCGUAAGAUUCAAUGGUAGGAAGGAUCUUGCUCAGACUGAGAGACUGUACUCACUUCUGUAUCAUUCUCAAAAGAUUAGAUUCUUGGAUUGGAGUGAAUUCCAGAACAUAUGUCUGCCAUCUACUUUUAAUCCGGAGUUUCUCGUCGAACUAUGUAUGAUUUUCAGCAAGCUUCAGAAACUAUGGGAAGGAACUAAGCAACUAAUAAAUCUCAGGUGGAUGAAUUUGAGUUAUUCUAAAGAUUUGGAAGAGCUUCCCGAUCUUUCAACUGCCACUAAUCUCGAAGAAUUACGUCUUCAAGGAUGCUCAAGUAUAGUGGAGCUUCCUUCUUCUAUUGGGAAUGCAACAAAUCUCCAGGAACUAAAUCUCUGUGGUUGCUCAAGCUUGGUGAAAAUCCCUUCUUCUAUUGAGAAUAUGACCAAUCUCCGGGAAUUACAUCUCUCUAAUUGCCCAAAUCUUGUGGAGCUCCCGUCUUCUAUCAAUGCCACUAAUUUCAAGCAAUUGCUUCUACAAAACUGUUCACGUGUUGUGGAGCUCCCCGCUAUUGAGAAUGCGACUAAUCUCCAGAUAUUGGAUCUCAAUAACUGCUCAAGUCUACGAGAGCUCCCUCCUUCUAUUGGAUCUGCCACAAAUCUUCAGAGAUUGGAUAUCAGUGGAUGUUCAAGUCUCGUGAAACUCCCCUCCUCUAUUGGAGAUAUCACUAAUCUCAAAGAUUUUAAUCUAUCUAACUGCUCGAGUUUGGUGGGGCUUCCCUACUCCAUUGGAAACCUUCAGCGAUUGUCUACGUUGAUAAUGCGUGGAUGCUCAAAGCUAGAGGCUCUUCCAACCAUGAUCAACUUGGAAUCUCUCUAUUAUCUUGAUCUCACAGAUUGCUCGCAGUUGAAAAGUUUUCCUGAGAUCUCCGCAAACAUUAAGGAACUCAAGCUCACAGGAACUGCAAUAAAAGAAGUUCCUAUGUCGAUCAUGUCGUGGUCUCGUCUUUCUGACUUUAGUAUGUCAUACUCCGAAAGCCUCAAGGAAUUCCCCCAUGCUCUUGACAUCAUCACAGAGCUGCUUUUUCUUAACGAAGAAGAUAUACAACAAGUUCCUCCAUGGCUCAAGGGAAUGUCUCGUUUACGUGUCCUUGGACUCCAUAACUGUAAGAAUCUGGUAUCACUCCCCCAACUUUCAGAUUCCCUAAUUUAUAUAGAUGCAGACAACUGUCAAUCCCUUGAGAGGCUGGAUUGUUACUUUAACAAUCCGAAGAUCCGUCUGAAGUUCUCCAACUGCUUCAAACUGAACCAAGAAGCCAGAGAUCUCAUCAUCCACGCAACGACUUUUUAUAGUUAUGCGAUGUUACCCGGUACACAAGUGCCUGACUGCUUCAAUCACCGAACUACUGCUGGAGGUUUAUUGACGAUCAAGUUGAAUGAGUCGCUUCUUCCUGCAUCCUUGAAAUUUAAGGCUUGUGUUAUGCUUGUUAAUGAAGAAACGGGUUAUGAUCCGAAUUCGAUGUAUGUAUAUACUAAAAUCAUGGACAAACACAAUGAUCUCAAGGUUCUGCGUGUAGGAGACCGUUUAAUAGAUCUACUUUUAACAGACCAUAUCUACACAUUUGAAGUUGAAGCAGAGGAGACGGUGAUUUCCACCGAGCUUGUCUUUGAGUUCAAAACAGGCAGUAGCAAGUGGAAGAUAGGAGAAUGCGGGGUAUAUCAAAUUAGUGUUAAUGAAGCUUAGGGCUUCAGAGAUGGACAAUUGAUGGACGAGAUUAAGACGAGAAGAAGGAAGAAUCAAUUGAAGUCAUGAGUGAGUACAAGAAUCUUAAAAUCCAAUACUGGGGAGCUGUAGAGACUUUGAACUUCGUCUUGGAUUUGAACAAUUGGUGAAUGAUGUUUAUGGGAUUUUGGUUUUAGGGUUUUGGUCCGAGGGAAGAGCUGUUGAGACUUUGAAAUUUAUGUUUCAGACUUCUUUUUUUUUUU